AUGUCCGAUGCACCCGCGACUUUCAAGCCUGCCCUCAUACUUCAUGGAGGCGCAGGCAAUAUCCAACGUGCUAAGCUCCCACCGGAUCUUUACGCCCAACAUCGCGCCUCCCUCCAAUCCUACCUUCGCUCGACCCACACGCUCCUCAAAGAGGGCGCUUCGGCCCUUGAUGCCGCGGUUCAUGCUGUAUCCUUGAUGGAGGAUGACGAGCUAUUCAAUUGCGGUCGCGGCAGCGUUUUCACUACAGCGGGAACAAUUGAAAUGGAGGCUUCCAUCAUGGUUGCUACCGUCCAAGACCCCGACCAGAACCGACCGGGGGAAAUGAAAAAAGCCGCCGCUGUCAUGACCGUCAGGAAUGUACGACACCCCAUUCAACUUGCGCGCGAAUCGCUCUUGCGGACAGGCUAUACACCUGAUGGGAAACCCAAGAAGGACGGUGGUAGCAUGCACCCCCAGCUUGCCGGUCCUCAUGUGGAGACCCUUGCUAGGGAGUGGGGUCUGGAAUUCAAGCCUGAUGAAUGGUUCUGGACACAGCGUCGCUGGGACGAACACCGGCGGGGGCUGGAGGGCAAAGAGGAACCUAUAUCUUUAAGUCAGGGCACGGUUGGCUGUGUUUGUUUGGAUCAAUGGGGCAAUUUGGCCGUCGCGACCAGUACGGGCGGCAAGACAAAUAAGCUUCCCGGUCGCAUUGGGGACACUCCGACUCUGGGAGCAGGCUUCUGGGCUGAUGCGUGGGAUGUGACCUUCCCGAGGCCAGAGGCCGCGUCUCCUAUGGCCUUGCACAGUAAGGCCGGAGCUCUCCACCCCACGCCAAGAUGCACGGGCAACCUCGCCACUGGCACUAUGGCUAGUGUGCAUGAGUUCUGUGCGAACCUGGGUGAUAGCUUGCGAAGCUGCCUGGCUCCACGGCCCAACGCCGAAAGCCCUGACCCCCCAGCCUAUUCAUCUCGCCCAUCCAGCCCAUGUGGAAGUGCGGUAUUUCAGGUCCCUGAAAAGCCAUUCGGCAUGCAGGACGCGACAAGUGCAAGAAAGGCCAUUGCUAUCUCGGGAACUGGAGAUGGCGAUGCAUUUCUCCGUUUAGCUGCUGCGCAUUCAGUUGCCUCGCUAUCUCGGUUGCAAAACUACUCCCUUGCCGAGGCUGUCAAGUCGGUGGCCGGCUCUAAUGGCGCUCUCCAACGAUCGGCAGGCCCCCGAUGGGGAGUCACAGGCGAGGGCGAGGGAGGGUUCAUUGGAAUCGAGCUUGACGAGGAGCACGCUACUCGUUCGACUGGAAGGCCGGAAAAGCUACGUCGUGGUAAUGUGGUCUUUGAUUUUAAUUGUGGUGGCAUGUGGCGUGCAUGGGUUGAGCCUGGUCGGAAUGGAAAGGAUGUCGAGAGGAUCAUGGUCUUCCGAGAGGAGUACGAGUUGGGUGACUCCCAUUAUAGAGUAGGGACACUGCGAAGUGUGGCAUGA